GGAAGAGACGGCAACAUAGUCAACUUCCUGUAGCUGGAGCCACCAUCUGAGUUCCUUAUUUGAGGCUCAGUGGAAUUGGGCACCAGGGUGUUGGUGGCAGUGCUGAGGGGCCCCUCGCUGCCCCCAUUAUGGCAUCUGCUCUCACCGUCCUCUUCCUUGGCUGCUGGCUGGCCGGGCAGAGCAGGGUGUCAGGACAGACCUACUACCCGAAACCCUCCAUCUUCCUGAGCCCCAGGGGGGAGGUCACACUGGGGGGCACCAUGACCAUCCGGUGUCAGGGUCAGCACCAGAACAUGAUGUUCCUUCUGUACAAAGAUGGAAACCAGAAUCUGCUGCAGAAAAUGGAGACUGCUGGGGACGUGGCUGAGUUUCCCAUUCACAACGUGAGCCGGAGAGACGCAGGGAGCUACAGCUGCUAUUAUCACUCCAAAUUGUACCAAUACACCUGGUCAUAUCCCAGUGACCCCGUGGAGCUGGUGGUAGCAGAGGGAACCGACCCAGCUGGACCCCAGCAGAUGGAUCCCCGCACGACGGUGCCGGCAGGAGAAGGUGAGCGGGAGAAAUGGAACAAUUCAUCCCCCAGGGAACAGGGCUCCCUGCUCAGACACCAAUGGGGCCAUUCAGGCUAUUCAGAGGGGGAUGGUCCCUGCAUACAGAACUGA